AUGGAUAUGCUUUACCAAUUUGCAUUCUACGCACCCCUUCUAGUGGUGUGUGCUGAAAGGCAAUCAGUUGCAUAUGAACAGGUGAAAGUUCCAAAGAAGCCCGACGUGGAUUGCACGAUUAAAAUCAGGAAAUUCUUCGCUACUCUUAUCAAAUAUUACAGUAAAUUCAUUGCUUCGUUAUGGGCUGAACUGAUGUUCGUCGGAGUGAUGAUAGCGUAUUUGUACAUCUCGAUCUGCGGUAUCAAAGCGUUACGCACUGAUAUGGACGGUUCAAUGUUGUUGCCGAGUGAUUCACAGAGUAACGAAGGCAUUCGUAUCAUGAACGAAGUGAUUUGGCCAGAUUAUUUGGGCAUCAACUAUGUCAUCAGAAAUCCACCAGAUUUCUCGGAUCCACUUGAGUACAGGAAAUUCGCA